AUGUCAGUCGAUGAUUUAGACAAGCACAUUGAAACGUUGAUGAAAUGUGAAUUGAUCUCGGAACAGGAUGUCAAGUCUUUAUGUUCGAAAGCACGAGAAAUCCUUGUUCAAGAAGGAAAUGUUCAAGUAAUAGACUCACCGGUCACGAUCUGUGGUGACAUCCAUGGCCAAUUUUAUGAUCUCAUGGAGUUAUUCAAGGUUGGAGGUCAAAUACCUGACACAAAUUACCUUUUUCUUGGAGAUUUUGUAGACCGUGGAUUCUAUUCAGUAGAAACUUUUCUUCUACUACUCGCAUUAAAAGUUCGAUAUCCAGAUCGCAUGAUGCUUAUUAGAGGCAAUCAUGAAAGUCGACAAAUUACGCAGGUAUAUGGAUUUUAUGAUGAAUGCUUACGGAAGUACGGUAGUGCAGCCGUCUGGAAAGCCUGUACAGAAGUUUUUGACUACCUUUCACUCUCAGCUGUUAUCGACGGAAAGGUACCGCAUGAUGGCCCAAUGUGCGACCUGUUGUGGUCGGAUCCAGAGGACUCAUCGGUGGGAUGGGGAAUGAGUCCACGAGGGGCAGGAUAUCUCUUUGGUGCGGAUGUUGUCAAGACAUUCUGUGAUACGAAUGGAGUUGAUCUCAUAUGUCGGGCACAUCAGUUGGUUAUGGAAGGCUAUAAAUGGCAUUUCAACGACAGUGUUUUAACGGUGUGGUCGGCGCCGAAUUACUGUUAUCGAUGUGGAAAUGUGGCCGCCAUACUUGAACUCGACGAACAAUUAAAUAAGGAGUUUACGAUAUUUGAAGCAGCACCUCAAUGGUUACUUCUCCACUCACAUAGUGGCAUAUGCUUUUCAGGAAAACCGUGGUGCACCUGCGAAAAAGCCCCAACCGGAUUACUUUCUGUGAUAAUGGCUCAGCUAAUGUUGAGAGUCAUUCAACGAUCAUUUGUUGGCACAAGGAACUUGUGCACAGCAGUCAGCCCAUCCCUCUCAGAUGACCUCAGGAAUAGGAUUGACAAAAUGGUCAAGUCGGACGAUGUAGUGGUAUUCAUGAAAGGCACAAAACAGGAACCUAUGUGUGGAUUUUCGCGAAAUGUCAAAUUGGUGCUUGACUUCCAUAAUGUCGGAUUCAAAGACUAUGAUGUACUGAAUGAUGCGGAAUUAAGGGAAGGUAUAAAGAUUUACAGUGAAUGGCCAACUAUCCCUCAGGUGUUUGUGAAAGGAGAGUUUGUCGGAGGAUGUGAUAUAAUGGUACAAAUGCACAAAGAUGGAGAAAUUUCGGAUUUUUUCGACUCGAAAGGCAUCCCUAGCAAAUAUGGAGAGAAGAAAUAA